AUGGCCAUUCCCGGGUAUUAUGAGUUGUAUCGUAGAAGUACUGUAGGAAAUAGUCUGGUGGACGCUUUAGAUACGUUAAUCAGCGAUGGGAGAAUCGAGGCUUCUUUAGCAAUGAGAGUGUUGGAAACCUUUGAUAAAGUUGUUGCAGAAACUCUGAAAGAUAAUACACAAUCAAAGCUGACUGUAAAGGGUAAUUUGGAUACUUACGGAUUUUGUGACGAUGUUUGGACUUUUAUUGUCAAAAACUGUCAAGUAACAGUUGAAGGAAACCUUGAUGGUGUUAGUGGCGGUGAUAAUCAUACAACGGUAUCUGUUGAUAAGCUAAGAAUAGUUGCAUGCAACUCAAAGAAAAGCGAAUAG